AUGACUUCCAGCGGCCAUUGUAUCAGCUGCACGACACCUUUGACGUGCUCUAGCCUGGAUGAGCCUCUGAAGGGCAUGAACGUUGCCAAAGCCUGCAACCCGGAUCCCAAACCUGGUGACAAGUUCAGCUGGAAAGUGAACAAGACCUCGGCGUACGAUAUCCGGGUGGAUUUCCCUCUGGAGAAGCUCAACAAGCAGCUGGAUUUUGUGGUCGAGAUUCUUUCAGCGUUAGACCUUUCAGGAAGAAAUGACGACGUGGUGAAGGGCCGGCAGGUCACCAAUUGGAUCUCCACGGUUGUCAUCGGAUCACAAGACCAUUCCGCCUGGAUGAAAGUUGCCGUGAAUUUGAACGGUGACUUCUCGAAAGUCGUCAUUGGCAAGCAAGCCGCAGAGUUCGCCGCCUCGGCGAAGGACGUCUAUUCUGGGGAAUGUGUCCAGCCGACGGACAUCACCGGCUAUCAUGUGACAGAGCUGAGCAUGGCGCGGACGCAGCUGAACGUCUUGGCGGCCUGCGCCUCCAAGUACUUAGGUGUGGCAAAGGUGACCGCCUGCGCCGCCCAUGGAGAAGCAUACAAGCUGUCUGGUUGUGAUCCAGAGAAGUGCAUUGCGCCUUCAACUUUCACGGGCUACGUGGUGAAGUCGGUGGACUUAAAGCGACCAACUUUCACCGCAGAGGUGGUCUGCGACAAUGACAAUGGCUUCUAUGGCACCCCGACCGCGGAGAUUUGCCCUUCCAACGGCCAAGAGUACACACUUUGGGGAUGCGUUGAAGUGUGCACAGAGAAGGACAAGCCGUACCAGAUCCACGGCUGCGUGCUCUCCUCAGCCAAGUACAUCAAUUGCAAGACGCCGUCCAGCACGCAAGGCUACGUGAUCACCGAGACCGGCACGGAGCUGCACAAGUGGGACGUCAAGGCACAGUGCGCGGCGCUGUACCACGGCACUGCCAAGGUCACUGAGUGCGACGACAACGGACUUCCCUACGGAAUCUCUGGGUGCGAGCCGGACACCUGCGUUGAGCCGAGCGACACCACAGGCUAUGAGCUGACGGUGAAGGACUUGGAGUUGUGGAAGUUCAGCGUAACCAUCCAGUGCGCCGACGGCUACAUUGGUGAUGCAAAGGUGGAGAAGUGCGAUGGGCAUGGACUGCCCUACAAGAUUGAUGGAUGUCUGCCCACCACUACCACCACGAGCACGACUACCACCACAACGACCACAACAAUCAACGAGCCAUGCUAUGCCCCCAAGAGCACCGUUGGCUACAAGGUCACCGAGACAAGCGUGCACUGGACCUCCUUCGAUGUCUCGGCAGAAUGUGCCGAUCGCUUCUAUGGGCAUGCCCAUGUGAAGAUCUGUACCAAGCCUGACAUGGUCUACUACCUGUCUGGCUGCACUCGGGUGGUGACCUGCAAGACACCAUCGGACACCACCGGCUACCACGUCACGGAGAAAAACUUGGACACGCAUCAAUGGGACAUGUCGGCUUCAUGUGCCCCGAAGUUCCACGGCGCGGCGAAGGUGACGCAGUGCGAUGAGGACACCUAUCCCUACCAGCUGGCGGGCUGUGAGCCCGACACCUGCACCGGUCCAGGGGACACCACGGGCUACAAGUACACAGCCAAGUCUCUGGCCAUGCACAAUUUCGAGGUAUCGGUGGAGUGCGCUGAUGGCUGGGAGGGAAAUCCGGAGGCCACAGUUUGCGACGGAGAUGGGAAAGCUUUUACCAUUGACGGUUGCCAAACCACCACAACCACGUCUACAACCACCACAACCACGACGACAACCACGACAACCUCUACUACAACGACCACAACGACAACCAGCACAACAACCACGACAACCACCACCAGCACCACAACCACCACGACCAGCACCACAACCACUACCACCACAACUUCGACCUCCACAACGACAACUACUACCAGCACCUCGACCACAACAACCACUACUACGACCAGCACCACCACCACUACAACAACAACUACAACCUCCACAACAACGUCCACAACCACCACAACCACAACCACCAGCACCACUACAACCACGAGCACAACUACCACAACAAUCACCACUACCACCACAACAACAACCUCGACCACAACAACCAUUACAAGCACAACGACGAUCACCACCACAUCCACCACGACUUCUACAACAACCACCGUUACGAUCCCCAAGUUGGUGUGCUCCGCGCCUCUGGACACCACAGGUUACCUCGUCUCCGAGCACAACCUGCUGCAAGAGGAGUUCAAGGUUACGGCGAAGUGUACGGAUGAGUACAUCGGCACCCCCUCCGCAAUCGCGUGCACCGAGGAGGACAGCAUCUACCAGCUGAAGGGCUGCGAGAAGAAGAUCUACUGCCUGGCGCCAUCGGAGGCUCUAGGCUACUCGAUUACCGAAAAGAGCCUUCUCAAGCAGACGUUCGACAUCACCGCGACAUGCAAGGAUGGCUUCCAUGGCUCCGCGAAGGCAGAACCAUGCGCCGCAAGUGGCGAACAGUACACCUUGACCGGCUGCAUGGAGAAUUUCUGCACAUCGCCGAGCACAAUAGGCUACGCAGUUUCAGAGGUGGAGCUGCGCAUGCACGCCUUCCAGGUUACAGCAAAGUGCGACACAGGCUAUGAGGGCACUGCGGUAGUGGAGUCGUGCAGCCUCCACAAGGGCCAAUACAAGCUCAGUGGCUGCACAAGGAGAGAGGUCUUCUGCGUUGCCCCAACGGUCACUGACGGCUACACCGUGACCGAGACGGACCUCCGUGGAGAUGCCUUUGAUGUGACAGCAACAUGCGCGCCAGGAUGGACAGGUACGGCAAAGGUGUCGAAGUGCACAGGCUCCACGAAGCAGGCGCCUACAUCUUACUCUUUGAGCGGCUGCUCGCGCCGGUAA